CCUAUAAGGUAGCCAUGGCUGGAGCUUGACAGUAGUUAUAAGGAUCGUAGCCUUCUCGAGAUUGUACCUCUGUUUGGUGCAACAGUGAUUAGAUACCUGAUAUUGAAUAUCUAUAUUUACUUAACUUUUUAAAAAAGCUAUGGCGUGUGCUGUGCUACAGAAGUUUGCCGGAGCACAAAAAGUGUUAACGUUUCAAGGAGUUCGAGGCUUGUGGGCAACUUCGCUGUGGAGGCAUUCUCGUGCUGUUGCUACUGAUGGAAAGUCAGCAUCAUCAGGUGAAGAAUUUUCAAAUGGUAAUGUUGAAAGAAUGGAAGAGGAGAAGAAAUUGGAGGACAAAAUCUUAACAGCGGCACUACCAUAUGUUUUGCAGUAUGGCUGGACAAAACAUGCAAUAGCUGCAGGAGCAGAGUCUGUCGGCUAUCCAGGUGUUGCCCAUGGCCUCUUCCCUCGUGGUGGUGCUCACUUGGUGGAGCAUUUUUAUGCCUCCUGCAAUCGGAAACUUGCACAGCACCUUGAGAAUGAGGUCCAGUCAACAACAGAAGAUCUAGCCAGGAAGAAGCCUACGUCAGUAUUUGUAAAUGAUGCCGUGGAAUAUCGCCUACGGAUGAUUGGUCCAUAUUUAGAGAAGUGGCCUCAAGCAGUUGGAAUAAUGACUUUACCACCUAAUGUUCCUACUGCUCUUGCCAACUUGCUGACACUAGUUGAUGAUAUAUGUUAUUAUGCUGGAGAUAGAUCUGUUGAUUUUGGUUGGUACACAAGGAGGAUCUCUCUGGCUGGGAUCUAUAAAAUGACGGAGCUCUACAUGAUACAAGAUAAAUCAGAUGGUUUCCAGGAAACAUGGCAAUUUCUGCGUAGACGAAUUGAUGAUGCUGAGAGGUUACAUACGUAUCUGCACCAGUCAGAAGAAGCGUCAACCAUAGCUCGAGAAACUGCUACUGCUGCUUUUAUCACAGCACGGAACAUACUUGGAUUAAAUAAAGCUUUUCGGUGAUGUAAAAAUAAGUAGUGCUAAUUUAUCUUUGCCAUGCAAAGUUACAUUGUUAGCAAGUGCAUUUCAUCCUCUAUGCUGAAAACAAAGUUGUGUUAAUAAAAUACUUAGGGUAUGGAACUAAA